AUGUAAGACGUCGUGGCGGUGACUUCCGGGCGGGUUGCUUGGCGCAGCGUCGGAGAGCAAUGAUACUUGACUGUUAACAUCUCCUUUGUGAAGAUUUUGCAAUCUUUGAAGAGGUACCGAACUUAAGAUAAAACUAGUGGCAAAACAUGCAAAAGUUUUAUUGAUCAGGAAAUCAAACUUUGAUAUCAUCAGCUGUCAUCAUGGUAACAUGGCAUCUGUUGGAAAAUGUGAAGUAUUUUGUUCUCCAACGACCACCAAUGAUUUUAUUUAUUUUGAGCAUCAGCUCUUUAGGCAUCGCUUUCUUCAGUCUUGGGAUCUACAUCCAGUCACAUGAAGUCUCCAAUCCUGAUGUGCCUAAGGCAUGGAAUACAGUUCUGCUAUCUCUCAGUAAACUAGAAUUCUGUCUGCCUGAAAAUGAAAGCCUGUGGCAGACUCGCACAGAACCUCUAUCUUUUGGACGGGGUUCUAUAAGGAGAAGACCAGACCCAGAUCCUUUAGUCCAUACAACAACAAGGCAACCUGUAACCACGAUUGCUUUUACUCGAGACUUAUCAGAGAGUGUCUCUCUACUACUGCCAAUCACCUUUGAUUCAAAUGUACCAUUAAAAAGAUUUUCUAGUGACAUAACUCGUCUCCAUGCUGUGGUAGAUGGAAACCUGCUGGGCCUGGAAGAUUCUAAAGCAAAGGAGGUUAUUAAUAUCAUGCUGGUGUCGCCAUGGCCACCUGAACAUAACCUUUCGCAAAUAAACUCCUCAAAUAAUAUGAAUCCCUUUACGUGCAUCACAAUAUCUGCACCCGCACAUGUGCUUCCCCAGGCAAGAUACCUUCCCUCCUGUAACUUAGAAAAUAUCACUGAUGCAUUAUUGUAUCAAAAUACACUAGCAAAAAUUUCAGAGAAGACGCCUUCACAAAGUCACACUUCUGCUCAGUGCUACAAGGCACAGGAUAAAUCUGAACAUAAAUUUCCCAUUGUGCUAUCAAAGGAAGACCGUAUUCUUUGCAGUCAGCACUUACUGAAGUCCAGUUUCAUUUUGCUUCUGCUGGCUCUUGUUAUCUUCUGUUUAUGUGUAGCAUGUGGCAUGAGAAAGAAAAAGAGGAACAAAACAGUGAACCUACGCAAGGCUCAUCUUCUAGAAAUGUGAUGUAGUCCAACUUCUCAUUUGUUGAGAGUAAAAAUGUAUGGAUUACUUUGGAAGAUGGGAAUAUCUCUAACUUAAUACCGUUGCAAGUUUUCCAAAAGGAAGUUACCAAAGGACCACAUUAAAUUUGUGCUGUUCUCCUUAAAACAGUUUUUUUGAAACCAAUAGGAUUUGCCUUUAAUACAAUUUCAUUGGUUGUGAUUGUGCUGGUUGUAAUACUACAUUAAACGUUUGAAUUGUGUACAAUCUAUCUAAUCCCCUCUCCUUUUCCCCACAAUUCAAAAGUGUCUUAAAAUUUAAAGAUUUUGAUUUAAACUAGAUUGUAAUAACUUAUUUAUAAAAUGUUUUGAAAACUGAGAUUCUGCUACUUUGUGUUUACAUUUCAUUAAAUAUUUACUGUCAUUACAAUGAUUGUUAAUUUGUUAAUAUGCCCUAUAUGUUUUGAAUGUUGUUAAGCCAUUGUCAUGAAGGAACACAAGUGUUUAAUGUCUUGAUGGUAUGUUUUGUAAAUUCUGUUCAAAGUUUCAGAUGGGAUUAUUAUCCACAUUGUGUGCAUGCCAUGUGUGUGAAGAUUUGUAGACUCUUUGUCUCCAUGUUGCACCUCUUGUGAAUUUCCUAGUGUCCUUUCAGAAUUGUCAUGGUCUUGGACAGGAAACUGUGAAGGUGUUUUUUAAAAAAAAUGCAUGUAUGUCCUAAUGGUCAAAUAAUCCCAAUGUAUUUGAAUGAGAUUUCUAAAAUGUGCAAAAACCCAGCAGUUAACAAUGGCAUGUGCACACCAAAUUUAUCGAUACAGUAAGGAUCUUUUUAAAAGCAAAAUGCUUUUGUUUGUUUUGCUCUGACAUCAUCAAAUUUCAGGAUUUUUGUAAAGGUACCUAAUCAGUUUCAAAACACACUGAUUAUUUGAAGUUGGACACAUUAAGCCACUGUUGAGACAUAGUGCGACCCUUUCUUCUUGUAACAAAUUUGUGGUGGUAGUUUUGUAUUUUUAUGUUUGUAUUUGUUUGAACUGAUAAAAGAAAUUUCAGAUAAUCGCUAAGAUCUGAUUGUAGAUGUGAAUUUGCACCUUGUCAGUUCUUUUCUUUCACCACAUUAACGUGUAUAUCUUCAUUCUUUAACAUUUUUGCCUCCUACUUUAUAAUGUUUCGUUGCCCCUAAAUGCUACAAGUCAUGGUUAAUAUUCUUGGCAUAAAUGUGUGGAUUCUGAUGUAAUUGUAUAGCAUUGAAACUACAUAGAUAUUAGGGUUCAGUUUGUGUACUUGUUCUAAAGGUUAAUGGUCAACAAAAGUAAAUCUUAUUAAGGAAGGGAAAUUACAGGCUAAUAUUGAAGUUGAUUUGUUUCUAAAAGGCAUGUGAUAACCAAGAACUCAAUGGAAGAACCUCUGAUAAUUGAGGACUGUAAAAGUUCAGAAAUAAAGGCUUUUAAUCCUUAAGAAUGCUAUUGAUGAAUCGGCUAUAGGUACAUCAAUGAAAGCCUUAUCAAAAGCACUUACCAUUUAAUCAAAAUAUUGUUUAGCUUCAGAAUAAAGUGCUGAUUGUCUUCUGAAAUUAUUCUUUCAGCCAGUAAAUAUUUUUACCUCCCAAAUUGGCAGUGGGAAAAAAAAUACAAUUGGAGAGACAACAAAGGUUGCCACAAACAGAAUUUAUUUGUGUUACAUUUUUAAUAAUCUUUUAUAAAGGUUUAAGAAUAUCUUAUUCUGAUAUCUGGAUGUAUUUGUGACUAUACUAGGGUUUAUUUUGAUUCACUACUGAAAAUUGAAAGGGCUCAUUUUGGGAUAUGUGGGAUUGGAUGUUUCUUCUUAUAACUGGCUUUAAAAUUUUGGUGAGCAGUUAAUGCUGUUUCAUGUCUAGUCUUAGAAUCUAACUCUUUAAGCAUAUCUUAAAGACAAUAUAUUCUAGCAGUUUAGUGGAAUUGUGUGUAUUUUUUUAAAAAGUGAACCAGUAAUAAUUAUAUACUGAGGAUUACAAUGGUUCUUACUUUAUUUUCUCUGAACAAUAAAUGAUGUGGUCUUUGAAA